AUGCGCGGCCUCGACGAAAGUAGCGAUGUCCUCGUGCGAACUGGCCAGAAAGCCCAGGAACAAGUACGGCAUGUAUGGGAUGGCUUUGUGAACUUUGCGGCUCGAGAUAACGUCCUGGAAGUCGCGUUAGGUUUGAUUAUCGCAAACGCUUUUACAAAAGUCGUUACAUCUUUCGUAUCAGACUUGGUCCUGCCAGUAGUCUCUCUUCUCCCUUUUCUGAAUAGGAAUAUGGAUCAGAAAUUUGCGGUGUUAUCGAAAGGGCCGAAUUUUGUCUCGGAAAAUGGGUAUAACACGCUCCACCAAGCGCGGGAGGAUGGGGCGCUGGUUUUGGCUUAUGGAGCAUUCAUUGAAACCGUCAUGAAUUUCCUUGGCGUCAGCCUUACUCUAUACGCUGCUGGACACUUGUACAUGUUUGUCUUCCAUAACAAAAUCAUUAAGCCGACAAUCAGGUGUCCAUACUGCAGGCAGUAUAUUAGUGAGACGGCUCUUCGUUGUCGCCAUUGUUCGACCUGGCAGGAUGGAAGAGAGGAUGAGCCUAAGAGUAAUGCGAGUCUGCGCGAGGACCUGGCUGAUGGUGAGCCAAGCUUGAUUAGUGAAGUCCCCUAG